CCUUAUCACCCGCCAUUGUCUUUGGCUUUUCUUCUUCUCUCUCUUUCAUUUUCUGUAGCUCUGGAGCUCUGGGAGACAGGUUUUUCGAAAACGCGAUUCUUGUCUUUCUUGAGUGCUUCCCCUGGUGGGUAUUUACAGUAGACUAAGAACUAAAGCCUGUACACGCCCGCCCCGUCCAACCGAGGUCGCCGCCAGCUACGACAACCUUGCCUAGGUCCUAUCUAAGGCGGCCUGCGCCAACGCCCAGACAGAGCAAACCACCCCGGAACCCAGUCACGGCCUCCUGCGACGCUUGACAGGCAAGCAAUAGAACAACAAAUAGGCAACCCACUGUUGCCCGCCCUCCCAGUCCUGCAUCCGUCCAACCAGUCAGGCACCGCCAUCUGAAGUUUGCGAGUACCUAUUUACCUACCUGCCUUGGGUACCUAUUUAUCUACCUACCUACCUACAUACAUAUAACGCAAUACCGAUUCGUCCACACGAGCCGAAUCUUAGCUUCGUCCACCGACCUCGCUGGUUCACAUACUGUCCAGCUUCUCAUUUGGCCCGCCUUACGUACCGUUCACGUCGGGGGCUCUCACAUUGUCUCUUGCGCCGACCCGCACACGAAUCAACAACACUAUCGAGAACAGACAAACAUGGAGACGCAGGGUCUGGGUAGAAAGGAAGCCCUUCCCACAUAACCCAACUCCUCCACGGUUCGCCAUCCUUCGUUUUGUAUCGCCUGGGUCUGCGUUGGGACACACUUUCGAGACGUUCUUUCUGCCCUCGACCGAGGCCUGUGUAGCCUUUGUCGUCUACUUUUCACGUAUAUACUCACUGCCGGACGAACACCUACGAACUUAAUCCGUUUAAACUUCAAUUCCGCUCCAGAAAGAUGCAUCAACAGUCCCGCUAUCCUCCGCGGUCAUCCUCGCCCGCAAACUCUCCACAAACAAACCCUACCAGGACGAACAACUCUAGGGACGCUUCAGGAACAAGCUCUCGCUCCCGGGCCAGCUCAAGUGUAACCGGUCCCGAUAUCUCUGGCGCCGAGAUGGGCGACUUGGGGUCUGGCCCCAGUCGGGACUCGGUCAAGAAGCUGGACCAGAUAGUUCAGAAUUUCUACAACAAAGCCGCCGUCCUAAUUAUCCAGGCUAGACUCAAUACUACCCCCAUUGUUGCAGCCGCCUCAGGCCGAGGCACAAGCAAGACGAACAAAUGGUUUCAAAUAGAGACAGAUGAGAUGGAUGACUUCAGGGAGGACCUGAGGAUAUGGAGGACCUGCGGGAGCUUUGAAAACAGGCCGCCGCCCAUGAUCAUCGAGACAUAUCUAGACGCAUCAUGUCUGUCCCCAACACAAAGCUUGGUUGUUGUCGGUGAGAACGGCAAGAUGUAUGACGUCUUGGAAGCCCUCAAUUCCAGUGACUCCUCUAGCGACGGCAGCUCUUCCAGUAGGUCUCGCAAGCGAAACACCGAGGUCGUCCUAGAAAGAUGGAAGAUCGAACUGAAGUACAGUCAGAACCCUGACGACAUUCCCGACUUCGGCCCAAUGCUGCCCACAAUCUAUAAGAGGGCUAUAGUCUUCUUCAGGUCACUGUUUAGCAUGUUGAGGUUGGUGGCUACAUGGAAGGUCCUGCAAAAACAGCCGCCUAUGGCGAGAGGUGGCCAUUCUGCUUUGCAACUGCACUGCCGUUUCAUAUUCAAAGAGUCGGAUACUGCCGGUGUCGAUUUACUACGACAACCCUUGAGUCCACAGCAUGAUGGACGGGAUGCUGUGACUGACUACGUUUUCGGUGAUCUUGAAGUCCCAGUGGGGAGAUUUUACGCUUCAGUCACAUCCCGGAACGAGCGCAACUUCCGCGUGGACGACACUGAUAUCACAGCAGGGUCUCGGUUUAUGACAUACGAGGACAAUUUGUUUCAGCCCACACUGCCACAGAGGCAUUCCGGUCGCAGAGACUCCUUUACAGAAACGGGAAUCGCGAUUCCACGUCGACAUGGGAAGCAAGCGGAUCAGCCAGAGCAGCAAACAUAUGGAAGUUUGUCUACUUUCCACGGUGCAGGUGCUUUGGGCACUAGCCCGUUAUCCGCCCUCAAGGCAGUCCGACCUGCUGGCUCGGAUACUGAUUCGCCCACCAGUUCCGCGCCUGCAAGCGUUGGACCGGAUCCUCCACACUCACUACCAAUUGCUGGCAAUUCCUCGCUGAGUCGGCCUUCCCUGAAGGGGACAGACGGCAUAGUACGACGCACCUCGGUGUCAUUUCAGCCUUUCAAAGCAGGCUCGCUCUCCGGUUCACCAAGGCUUCAGGACCUCGACUUGCCCGCCUCGCCUAGUUCUUUGGCGAGACAAUCGGCCGCACUUCAUGCUGCGAGGCAGCGUAAUUCACUGACGUCGGGCAUGGCAGCCUCGCUUCGAGGUGGACCGCCGGUAGAUAUUGCAGGCAGCGCUUCGCCGAAACCCACCAGCCGAUACAGCAGCAGCUUUACCCAUCGAAGAGGCAAGGCUUCAUAUAGCGGCGCAAACAGGGCCGACGAUGACCAGGGCAGCAGCGGAAAGCAGAGCCUGUCGUCGUCUGUUCAGCCUGGUUCAGGGUUCUUGGCCGAGGCGGCCACGGGAACGAGUUCCGGCUCGGUCCAGACAGACGACGAAAACAUUUCGGAGUUUUUGAAGAUUUUGGACAGCAAAAGGACGCUCCAGAGCUUUGAGCCGACGUCCAAGACGACUGAAGCGGCCACUAAGAGGACAGUAGCUCAGCUGUCCAAGUUCCACAUGAUGAGGGAGAGCAAUAAUGCCUUGACAGAGUCCAUGACCUCUUCAAUUAAUCUUCAGCCAUCCCCAAGCGCGUCAAGUCGCCAAUUGUCUGGCGUGCCCUUACUCGGACCUUCAUCCAUGUCGCCAUCUUCAUCGCCCAAGCCUCUAUCGCCCCACACGCCCCAUACACCAGCUGUCCCGUCCAGACUGAGUGAAGCAGCAAUUAUUGAGCAUCACACACAGGCCCAAGAAAUAGCGGACAGGGCAGCGGCAGAAGAUGAUCAUGACUUGGGUGUGGAAUCUUCAACGUCCAGGCGAGAGGGCACUACGGCAAUCGAUAUUCCCCUGUCCCCUCGCGUGUUGCAGACAGCAAACCGUCGAUCCAGCUCUGUUGCGCACCAAAAUCGAGCCUUGCUUGAUAACGAGGAACCCGUACCUGAUUUGCCCUUUGCUGGUAACCGCAGCAUCAGUCUUGGCGCCGACGGCCGAGAGCCUAGGCUGACGGGCCUUGGGCUUUCCAGGGGUUCAAGGGGCUCCGGCAAUAGCGCAUCUCUGCGAUCGGCAGAUGUUAGGCCUUUGGGUGCGCCACGCUCUUCGUCCAUGUCAACAGACCCAGACGACAAGAAUCCUUCUCCAGCAUUGAUCUCGGGCGGGGCAUCUUCGGGGUCGUCAUGGAAGCCUAGGUUCACUGGCAGCUUGGGCAGAGGACAGCACCAGCAACCGCAACAGCAGCGCCUCACUCCGCCGCAUUCAUCGCGGGGGAGCUUCUCGGGAUCGACCGCGGGAGGGAGGUAUGGCGGGAGUGGCUCUCGGGGUGCAGGUGAUAGUGCCGAGGCGGACGAUGAACCGUUCAUGUUCACCAUGUCAGAGAUCGAACGACAUGGCCAGGGGCGGACUAGUCUGGAUGAGGCCCGACCAGGCGGCGAAGGAAGUGGUGCCAUCGAGUCAGGGGAGAAGAUUCGAGGUGGUCGUUAUGAAGCUCGUGGGAUCACAAGGCGAGGCUGGUGAUUUCAAUGCUGCUUUGUUUACAAGACGUGUCUUGACAGAAGUUUCUGACAGACAAAAUCCCACUCCUGGGUCGUACAGCACCAGGACAGACCCUGAGUAGCCUGCAAGAACGUUUGCCGCUGGGCCAUUGCUUGCUGCUUUCUCGCGUGCAUUAGCCAUGGUGUUUUCGGGCGGGACAUCUUUUUUUUUCAUGAUUGCUUAAUGGUCUUGACGUUCAUGGGGUUCGCCAUUGAAUACUUUGGUCUAGGCAACGGCAUAGGGUCUACUCCGAGUGAUGAGGGACUGUGAAUGGAGCAGUAGAUAACAUGGGGCUGUGCUUGAAUGAGCCUCGUGCCACUGUGACGAGAGUGUGACAACGAUACAAGGCUGGGACACAUAUCGCUUCUGUAGACGACAUCUAGACUGCGAAAUCUGUGGAAAUGGGGCAAAGCCCAAAAAAAUUGAAUGUAAUUCAAUUAUUCAAACCUCGG